AUCAUAUGUGAUUGAAGGCCAGUGCGGGUUCGUCUAAUGUCUCGUAAAAGUGAUUAAAUAAACUAUACCUAUAUAUGAAAGUAGCUGCAGCACAUAUAAUGGAUUGGUUAAAGUUGUUUGUCCUUCUGGCUGUAUCAGCAGUCAUCACCGUUCAAGUUUCUGCAGAAGGACCAAAAAAAAAGAUUCGCAUCCACUUACCGCAGAAGGUAAAGCAUAUUCAUCAUCAUAAGAAGAUUUACAUAACCAACCACCCGUCCUCACAGUAUGCGCCGGCAUACAUGCCAAGUGCCAAGGGCGCUGUAGCAGUGCCUACUAACAUCGCCCUGCCUGCAGUAGCCAGCAUCGUACCCCUAAACUCUGUCGAAAUAUAUGAAGAGUCUCCGACACGAACGCCCGGAACGUCAGUUACUGCUUCAAAGCUUUUGCCUCUUUAUCGCGCAAGAGGCUAUUAUGGACCCACACCAACGGACUGGGAAGAUCAGGAAUACGAUUUGGUUGCUCCUCAUGAAGCAUCGGAUUCUUCAUAUUUACCGACAGCUUUCGCAGAACCUCCGGGGCCUAGCAUUGUACCUCAUAAUCAUGCACCGAAGAAAGUUAAAGUUGUGAAGAUAAACGAAACGCCACGAAAAAAGAUUGUACGAAAAAACAAACCAAAGCGCUUAAUUGUACGAGGUCGACCUCAACUAGAAGAGGAACAUCCAGUAUCUGUUUUUCAUGAACAAUUUUAUUCUGAAUUGGACGGGUCUGGUACCAUAAGAAAAAUAAAAAAACCACCAAGAGUUGAGAAAAUUAUUGACGGAGACACUGAGCACAUUCACACAUACAACGAGGAACAUAUUCAUAAACUAGUAUUAGAUGACGACGCUAAAAUAUCUGGAAUACACUCAGCAGGAGGUGUAUCUUCCUUACCAGUACAGCAUUCGCUUAUUCCCUUAAGAAGCUCUCAACCGAUUCUAACUUUUUCUCCAGAUACUCUAACAGGAUACACAGCAAUAGGAUCUAUGGGAACUCCAUCGCAUUUAGAAUAUGCCGCUUAUAACCCAAGAGAUGUUACACAUGAUCAUAUAUUCCACGACCAUGGUGAAAUACCUCCUGAACUAGAUAUAAUACCGGAUCCUUCAUCGACUCCACUAAGAAUUUCCCACGCCCAUGAAGAUAUUAGAAACGGAGGGGUAAACAAUAGAAUCAAAAAUAAAUAUAUGCGUAAAUACGGAAAGCCAACAACUACGCCAUUUCCCGAUUUGUCUUAUGAAAACAUGUAUUCUUCAGUGAACAAGAUUAAGAAACUAAAAUUUCGACCGACUUCGCAAUUUGAUACUUCUUCCGAAAAUGUACAAAACGAUUUCCGUCCUAUACCAGAUUUUAAUUUCAAAAACAAGAGAAUAAAAAAAACCAAAAACUUAGUACCAGCCUUCGAUUUUAAUAUCGAUAAACAUGUAAAUGAUUAUGGCACAUCACAAACAGGCAUACAAGAUCCAUUUUCAGUCUCUUCAACAGUGAUUCACAACUAUAAACCAAAGACUUUAACAGGGCAAGGAUUUCAAAAAUUUGCAAAUCCUUUACUUAAUUUUAAGGACAAUAGUUUCACAAGCAACUAUGCAUUCGAUACUUCUGCAUCAUCAUCGAACAUAGUCACAUCAGAAGAUAAAAAUAUUAAUGCACCGCGAACAUUUUCGGCUAAAAGGGGUAAAAAGAAAUCGAUAUCUACACAAAAUAUAAGUUUUGGCGGUUCCGGUCAUCAAACAACGGUAGAUCAUUGGGAUGAUACUGAUAUAGCUUCCUUCCCUAACGAACAGUCCCCUAGUGGUAACGGAAAUUAUAAUUUUGAACAAACACAACCUUUAGGCACUGUAACUCCUAUGCCUUUCACAAUAAAAGAAUCAUCCCCAAUGCAUUCUUACUAUUCCGAUAUGGCAAGAAAAGCAUUACAUUCUCACAAUUUAUCCGUACCGCAAGCUUCAAACGAUAAUUUCCAGUAUGUCGAAGCACCUGUCUCAACAACUACUCCGUAUUUCUCUUUAUUAGCAACAACAGCUGUACCUCCUGAAAAAAAAGAUGUGGAAACCGUAGAUACUGUAGCAUUUGAACAAUCUCAAUAUCAAGAGGCUAAAGCAAGACAACGAAGUAGUAAUAAAGAAGAUAAUUCUAACGUUUCACAUAACAGUCGACCAAGAAAAAGAAUUCGGGCAUUGAAAUUGAAUACAUUGCCGGAAGAAAAUAAUAAAGAAAAAACAAAUGUGGGAACCAUUCGGUCAAAGUCGAAUAAGCUGUCAUAUCUUCUAGAAUCUCCGGCUACAACAAGUAAAUUAAAUUACGGUGAUAAAAUUUGAUCGUGCAUCUAUUAGGCAAUAAGUGUUCGUGAUCUAAUUUUAUUUCAACCGAAUUAAUAGUGAGUAGCCUGUACAUUUGUAGCCAUUGAUGUAUGUAUUACUUAUUUAUUGAUAAUUUAACAGUUUGAAGCUAAAGCAAUUGAUAAAACUAUUUCAAUUUGUGCUCGAUUUAGAUAAACCAAUACCAAAUUUAUGCAUUUGUGCGACAGUAAAUAAAUAAAAUAAAAAAGGGA